AUGCGAUGGAAUAAUCUACAAGGACAACAGCAACGGGUUUAUGCAAGUCAAAAUGCAAAACAGCCUCUAUCCGGACUCGAAAGUGAACCCGAAAUGUCGUGUCUUUAUCAAGGGAGGAUCAAAGGUCACCAUUACCGGCUUUACGACAGCUCAAUCGCGGAUGCUGGAGGAUCGACAUUUGUGAUCACACAUGGACCAUGGGUCGAAGUGACACUUUACUCAAAGGAACGCAACACCAUUUCUUUUGAUAUUGAACCC